CUGGAAUGUCUGUGUUUGUGAUCCCGGAAGUACGCGCUCGCUUCGUCACCGGGAUCCCGCGCCUCCUUUUUGAGCUGUUAGAGAGAGGAACGCCUUGGCGAGUUUGUUUGAUCAUUCUCGGUUGCUCUAUGAAAUAAGACAGCGGUUUUAUUUAUUUAUUUAUUUUACCCAUUUUAAGAUUUCGUCUGGAGAAUAUGGGGACCAGGGAUGAGGAAUGCGACUACCUGUUCAAAGUUGUAUUAAUUGGAGACUCAGGUGUGGGAAAAAGUAACCUGCUGUCCCGCUUUACCCGCAAUGAGUUCAACUUGGAGAGCAAGAGCACCAUUGGAGUGGAGUUUGCAACUCGCAGCAUCCAAGUGGAUGGAAAGACCGUUAAGGCCCAGAUCUGGGACACAGCAGGGCAGGAGCGCUACCGGGCGAUUACCUCAGCGUAUUACAGGGGGGCAGUGGGGGCACUCCUGGUGUACGACAUUGCCAAACACCUAACCUACGAGAACGUGGAGCGCUGGCUGAAGGAGCUGCGAGACCACGCCGACAGCAACAUCGUCAUCAUGUUGGUGGGCAACAAGAGUGACCUGCGACACUUGAGAGCUGUGCCAACUGACGAGGCGCGGGCCUUUGCAGAGAAGAAUGGUUUGUCUUUCCUUGAGACAUCAGCUUUGGAUUCCACUAAUGUUGAGACAGCCUUUCGUACCAUCCUGACAGAAAUCUACCGCACUGUGUCCCAGAAACAGAUGUCAGACCGCCGGGAAAACGAGAUGUCACCUAGCAAUAAUGUGGUAUCAAUCCAAGUGCAGCCCACGGAGAACAAGCCAAAGAUGCAGUGCUGCCAGAACAUCUGAUGGUGUGUUGGCAGCUGCGCAAAUCCUGCUCUCCAGUUCCCUCAUUUAGUAAAGACUGCAGUGGGGACAGGCUCACAGGUGAGUGGCCUGGAGGACAGAGCUAUCUGGGUCACAAUUUAGAGGAAAGGCCAAGCUUUUGCU